AUGACCGUGCCAGAGUUCGACGAAGGCCCGUCUAAGCGUAUUUGUGAUGAUCUCGGUCUAGCAAAUAUGAUCGUUAAAAGUUCUGAAGAUCUUACUAUGCCACCUGGCUACCCCGUCAAAUCUGCCAUACUAGACGAUGAAUAUGUCAAGGUGGGCGUUUUCACGGCUCUUCCUGUAUGCCUUAACUAA